AUGGACCGUGAACCUACUGUGACGAACAAAUCCCUGUCGGAGGUGCUGUGUCUCUCGCGGGGGUCCGUGAUCCCGAAGGCAAUCUGCUGGUCAUUGCCUUGUGCCGCGGCGACGGUACUGCUGCAUCUCCACUGGGGCGUACUGAAAGGUGAGGAGAAUCAGGAGCUGGAAGGACUUGGCCAAAUUUGGUCCAGCUUUACCUUCGUUUUUGGUUUCCUCAUCGUGUUCCGCAGUUUGGCUGAACGAGGAAACAGACAGCAGACGGAGACGGUUCUUUUGUGGAUUGAGCGACUCAUCUUGGAUGCAGAUCGGGACAAGACGCUAGAUGUCCCGGCGCCAAUUCUGUCCCGAGCUUUCCAAGAGCUCUCUCGAGGCAUGGUGAGCGUGACCGAUCUGCGGAAGAUCCGAGACGUCCCCUUUCCCUUCCCCUACUCGCAGUUCCUCUCCCUCAUGCUCCUGGCGCACUGGGUGUUGACUCCCAUCGUUGCAAGUCAGGUGAUUGCAAAGCCGUACUGGGCUGGGAUUAUCGUUUUUGUGGUGUCCACAGCCUACUGGACUCUCUUCUACAUCGCACAGGAGAUCGAUCAGCCGUUUGGCGAUGACUCCAAUGACCUUCCGGUCGCCGACAUGCAAAGAGAGUUCAAUGCCAAGUUGGAGUAUUUCUGCCUCCCAAUGGCCUCCCAGGUCCCCAACGUGAAGAUGGACACGGAUUAUCGGCUGCUGGUUCUGGAUUCUGGAUAUGGUGACAUCGACGCUCGGUUUGUCGAGGAGGUUUUUCAGAUCCCAAAGCCGCGAACCCCAACUGUUAUAUAG